GCAGCGGCGCGCGGGGUGAGAGGUCGGGAAGAUGGCGGCGGCCUUGGGGGAGGAUGUGCCGGACAACGAGGACUACUACUCGCUGCUCAACGUGCGGCGGGAGGCCUCUCAGGAGGAGCUGAAAGCUGCCUACCGCCGGCUGUGCAUGCUGUACCACCCCGACAAGCACAGGGACCCCGAGCUCAAGACACAGGCUGAGCGUCUCUUCAACCUUGUUCAUCAGGCUUACGAAGUGCUUAGUGAUCCACAGACCAGAGCCAUCUAUGACAUAUAUGGGAGGAGAGGACUGGAAAUGGAAGGAUGGGAGGUUGUGGAGAGGAAGAGAACCCCAGCUGAAAUCAGAGAAGAAUUUGAGCGUUUGCAGAGAGAGAGGGAAGAGAGAAGACUUCAGCAGAGAACAAAUCCAAAGGGCACCAUCAGUGUUGGAAUUGAUGCCACUGACCUCUUCGAUCGCUAUGACGAGGAGUACGAAGAUGUGCCCGGGAGUGGCUUUCCCCAGAUCGAGAUAAACAAGAUGCACAUCUCCCAGUCCAUCGAGGCACCUCUGACUGCCACAGACACAGCAAUACUGUCUGGUAACCUUUCCACCCAGAAUGGGAAUGGAGGUGGCUCAAUCAACAUCGCUCUGAGACGAGUGACAUCUGCCAAGGGAUGGGGAGAGCUGGAGUUUGGAGCAGGAGACCUGCAGGGACCUCUCUUCGGCCUGAAGAUAUUCCGUAACCUUACACCACGCUGCUUCAUCACUACCAACUGUGCCCUGCAGUUCUCGUCCCGCGGGGUGCGCCCAGGCCUGACCACGGUCCUGGCCCGCAACCUGGACAAGAACACCAUGGGGUACCUGCAGUGGCGCUGGGGCAUCCAGUCGGCCAUGAACACCAGCAUCGUGCGCGACACCAAGAGCAGCCACUUCACCGUGGCCUUGCAGCUGGGAAUCCCCCACUCUUUUGUGAUGGUCAGUUACCAACACAAGUUUCAGGAUGAGGAUCAAACACGAGUGAAAGGUUCUCUCAAGGCAGGUUUCUUUGGGACCAUAGUGGAAUAUGGAGCAGAGAGGAAGAUUUCCAGACACAGCAUUUUAGGAGCCACCGUCAGUGUUGGUGUUCCCCAAGGAGUGUCUUUGAAAAUCAAGCUGAACAGGGCUAGCCAGACCUACUUCUUCCCUGUGCACCUAACAGAUCAGCUGCUUCCCAGUGCUGUGUUCUAUGCCACUGUGGGCCCUCUGGUUGUCUACUUCGCCAUGCACAGGCUGAUCAUCAAACCCUACCUCAGGGCACAAAAGGAAAGGGAGCUGGAGAAGCAAAGGGAGAGCACAGCCAGCGACAUCCUUCAGAAGAAGCAGGAGGCUGAGGCUGCGGUCCGGCUGAUGCAGGAGUCUGUCCGCAGGAUAAUCGAAGCGGAGGAGGCCAGGAUGGGGCUGAUCGUAGUGAACGCCUGGUACGGGAAGUUCGUGAAUGACAACAGCAGGAGAAACGAGAAGGUGAAGGUGAUAGACGUGACUGUGCCCCUGCAGUGCUUGGUGAAGGACUCCAAGCUCAUCCUGACAGAGGCCUCCAAGGCCGGGCUGCCAGGUUUCUAUGACCCCUGUGUGGGUGAGGAGAAGAGUUUGAAAGUGCUUUAUCAGUUCCGAGGAGUUCUGCACCAGGUGAUGUCAGCUGACAAUGAGGCCCUCAGGAUACCAAAGCAAUCUCACAGGAUCGAUGCUGACGGCUAGCGUGGAGCAGCGCGGCUGUGAGCCAGGGGCAGCGCCACCUGCAAACCGUCCCGGGGGCACUGCCACCUCCAACAGAGACGUUGUGAUUCCUGCUGUCCGUGUGGCAGGUGCUGUCCUGCCACCUGUGUUAGGAGACAAGAGGAGAGCAGCUGCUUGCCCAGGUGGCUCCAAGGCACUCCUGCCCCACGCUGUGGCUCGGUAACAAUAAAGCAAGGUGACUCGGA